AUGCACAAGUAUAUCCCCCUCCAGGUGCUGUCAUAUGGAGUGCUUUGGCUUCUUGAACUGGACUUACUAGAGACUGACUGCCAUGUGUCGAACCCUAUGCCUGUUGCCAACUGUGCCGUACGAAAACGGACACAGCAUGCUGUUAAAGGGGAUUGUGAUGUCCGCAUGCUUAAGGAUAGGGGACGCAUUUCUAUUACCACUAGAUGCCAUUCAACUCCAGAUUCAGCUGAAGAUGUUGUAAAAUUCUGCCCCGAUUGGCCACUUCUGGCCCCUCUGAAUGACCCUGCUGUGGUCAGCGCUGCUGAUGCUGCCCUCCUUGUGUAUAACAGCUUAGAAACUACUUUGGAGCACUAUAUGAUCACUGAGAUUGCCCGAGCGCAACACACAGUGGAUGGCAUAAGGCAGCCUCAGAUGCUGGUAGAGGAUUCAGACUGCAAAAACCUGCCUCAGGUUCAUAACAUGCCGCCGGCAGUCUAUGUGGAGUUUGCAAUUGGCAGCACGAACUGCACCCACCACGCCAAUGAGCAUGUGGAAGUUAAACGACUUUGCGCUGUCUCUUUGUCUCAGUCAGUGGCGGACAGACUAAACAUGCUGCCGAUAGACUAUGUGGACUUUACAAUUGGCAGCACGAACAGCACCCACCACUCCAAUGAGCAUGUGGAUGACAACUGCCACCUGGAGACAGGCAACCACUCACACGCUGGGUUCUGCAAGGCAACAGUCUUCAAGACUCUUAAUGAAUCUGGAGAGGUGCAGUGUGAGAUUUAUAAAGAGGCUGGACACAGCCGCAGCCAUAAGCACCUGGCUGGACAUCACAUUGGAGGAAACCGUCCUUCCCCUGGACAUGGCCACACUGUCCUUAACCUCUUUCAUUCCCACAAUGACACAUUCGCAUCCCAUACAUCCCAUGAAUCUGCCGAACGUGUUGUGGAGGAACACAUUGGAGGAAACCGUCCUUCCCCUGGACAUGGCCACACUGUCCUUAACCUCACUCAUUCCCACAAUGACACACUCGCAUCCCAUGAAUCCCAUGAAUCUGCCGAACAUUUUGUGCCCUCAGUACUACCUGCCGUGGUUGAAAGAGCAGCUGUAGAGGUUGCCAGCCCGAAGAGAACAGCAGCAGCAUCUCCAUUUCCUCUUAAGCCUCUGAAACUCUGUCCAGGGAGGACACGGCAUUUCACUUUGUAGGAUUCAAGCCUUAAGGGCUGAGCCUAGUGGUUUGUCUGGAGCAUAUACCCCAUGAGUGAGAAUGCAGAGAAACCCUGAGAUCACUGAGUGAAUCGCAUAUCUCUUAUAUAGUCCUAAGUUUGAACUGAAAUUCUUGACUCCAGGGAGGCUUCAUCCCGAUGCUACAGCAAAUAUCAGUAGCCUGCAAACAUAUUAUUAGAGCGAGCAUAUGUGUAUUCUGCUGAUUCGCUUUGUAAAUGUGCAGAUUCUGCUGCCCACGACAGAAUUCGGCAUCCUCCAUCUCUACCGUCAUCUUUGUUUUAAAAUCUAGUUGAACUCCUGUCACUAGAGACACCAGUUGGGGGGAAACGCAGAUAGUGCCUGAUGGAAUCCUAGGGCAGGAGUGGUCAAACUUGGGUCCCCAGAUGUUGUUGUUGGACUUCUGGUCCCAUAAUCCCCAGUCACAAUGUCAAAAGGCCAUUAAGGCUGGGGAUUAUAGGAGCUGAAGUCCAGUCUGGGACCCAGGUGUGAGAACCCCUCUCCUAGGAGGAGGACUUAGGAGAAUUUUGCAUAAUUCUUCAUCUCUUCCCUUUGAAAGCAAAAGCAGAAUAAGCUGUAUGCAAAUGCAGUCAUUCGUAUGCACAAUCUGGUGGGAAGCAAAGUUUAGAAGGAAGACUAUACAGGGCACUGAACAGAAGGGACCAAGAACUUCAUGAAAAAGAGCACAUCUUUUUGUGUUCUCCAAGUGAUUUUUUUUUUAAAUGUCCAAAAUUGCUAAGGCACAUUACAGCAUCAGUGAUGGAAAAUCUGUAUUCUGAAAAUAAGCAAACCCAAUGAUGGUGCUUCAUAAAUAAAACUCUAAACUCAAAA